GUCCGGCGGGCGGGCGGGCGGUGGGAGAUGGCGGAGUACCUGGCCUCCAUCUUCGGCACCGAGAAGGACAAGGUGCGGAGGAUUUCCCCGACUGCUGCAUCCUGAUCCUACAGGCUUCUGCCUGCAGCCUUCCACGCGUCCGGGAACGCCUCUAGUUUCUCUGGUUGUUGGAAGCACACACACAAAACCCUCCUAACGAAAAUUUGGUCACCAUCGGCCUGACCAAACCGGCGUGUUUUUCCACUCGUAAAAAUGAAAAGGGGGCAUCGAUGUGCUGCUGGACUAAAUUACUCUUGUCAGCCCCUGGCCGUGGGGCUUCUGCUCUGCUCUGUAGUGCUGCCAUUCCAGGAAAGCAGUGUCGGCAGCCUCUCUUUUGAGCUCUGUUACUGUAGCAUCCUUUCACACAAAGGAGAUACAUAGGAAUUUAAUGCAUUACAGUUUCAGAGUUUUAAUCAGGCAUGAAAUUCCUGUGCAGCUCUUGUUUUCUGUUAAAAAAAGCAGACGGAACCUUCCAGAAGGUGCUGAAGUUGGAGGCACUAUUGGAAAUUUUGUAGUUAGGUAUUUCUUUUUGUUUCAGGUUAGAGUUCAGAAAAGACAAGUCAACUGCUCAUUUUAUUUCAAAAUUGGAGCUUGUCGCCAUGGAGACAGAUGUUCUCGGUUGCACAACAAACCAACAUUUAGCCAGACCAUUGCCCUCUUGAACAUUUACCGUAACCCUCAAAACUCUUCCCAGUCUGCUGACGGUUUGCGCUGUGCUGUGAGCGAUGUUGAGAUGCAGGAACAUUAUGAUGAGUUCUUUGAGGAGGUCUUCACAGAAAUGGAGGAGAAAUACGGCGAAGUUGAGGAGAUGAACGUUUGUGAUAACCUUGGAGAUCAUUUAGUUGGAAAUGUAUACGUAAAGUUCCGCCGUGAAGAAGAUGCAGAGAAGGCCGUGAUCGACCUGAACAAUCGCUGGUUUAACGGGCAGCCCAUCCAUGCCGAGCUCUCACCUGUGACUGACUUCAGAGAGGCCUGCUGCCGUCAAUACGAGAUGGGAGAGUGUACACGAGGAGGUUUCUGCAACUUUAUGCAUUUGAAGCCCAUUUCUCGAGAGCUAAGGCGCGAGUUGUAUGGGCGGCGGCGUAAAAAGCACCGAUCCAGGUCGAGGUCCCGUGAGCGCCGGUCUAGAUCCAGAGAUCGCGGUCGUGGAGGUGGAGGAGGAGGAGGAGGAGGCCGCGAGCGCGACAGGAGGCGGUCAAGAGAUCGUGAACGAUCCGGUCGAUUCUGAGCCAUGCCAUUUUUACUGUAUGUCUGCUAGAAAGUGUUGUAGUUUGACCAAACAAGUUCAUAAUGACAUUUUUUUUAAAGAUGGGCUUCUGAAUAAAAAAUUUGUAGUGAUACAGUAUUCUUUGUGUAACUUGUUUCUUGUGGGGGGAGUCUUUUUAACUGUCAUUCCUCUAUCUUGACAAAUACCUGGAUAAGUCUGCCUGAGGGAAAGGUGGUAAAUGUAUUGGAGGAGCGCCAGUUUUGGUUUGGGGUUUUUUUUAAUUUUAUUCGGGUAUAAUUUGAACUGUUGAUGAAAAUGUGUGUGUAUAUAAUAUAAAAUAUUAUAUACAUAGUAAAAAUAAUAUACUGCUUAAGAAACAGUUACAUAAGUUUCCCUUUUCUGCUAUGCUGUCUGCUUAUUUAGGUUAGUUUAGGCACAUUUAAGAGGAAGGCUGUGCGAAAUGCAUUUAUUUACUGAGUAGAAACGCUUAGUUACAAAAAUGUAUGUUUGUUUGUUACCAGAAGUCUGUGCUCUAUCAAUGUGACUGUGGCAUUUACAAUAAAUCCAAUUUCUUGGUGUAAAAUCUAAAGCCUAUUUUCUAAGCACUCUGGAGUAGUUGAGUUGCUACUCCUGGCUGCCUAUUUUCUAAGCACUCUGGCAUAGUUGAGUGGCUGCUCCUGGCUGUGCCAGAGUUCAUAGUUCAGGUUUUUAUAAUUCUUGACUAAAUUCCUUUCUUUAGCUGGAAAGAAAGUUGCCUAGUGCAGUGUGGAAAAAGAUAAUAUUUUUAUUGCAAUGAUUCAUAAUAGGCAGGUGAGGGUUUUGUGAAAAAAAAACCACCAAAAUUAUGCUCCAUGCAACAUAAUAGAGAAGUGCUAUUGAAGGACAUGCAAGGUCCUGAAUGCAAGGAUCAAAUUUCUUAACAAAAUUUUUUUUUUUCUAAUCUAUGCCUCUCUCACCUGUCAUUUAAUAAAAAUAAUUUUGUUAGCAUUCAAGGUCAUAGAAAACUAACUGGAUGCUAGUGGAAAUUAAAUCUUCCACCUUUCUGAUGGUCUGGAGUGUGAUGAAAGCUAAUGGACAGAUGGCAGUUCCUUCACAAAUACUUUUUAUUUUUGAGCUUGAAUUGCAAGAAGUUUUGGUCAUUGAUCAUAUUUCUGCAAAAUAGAACUGUAUGUACACAAAGCUACGCAAUAAAACACAGCUUUCCAGUGGGGGAGAGAAAUUGCUACAACUUCCUUGGUUCUGAGCCAGAUAACUUGCUAAAUGAUAAAUCUGAUCCUUGGUGAUUCUUUUAAAAAAAAUGGAAAUAGGGUAUGGAUGCAUCACAUAGUCAGAUGAUUAACAAACCAGCUUCUUUCUGCCUCUUAAAUAUAAAACCAUUUUUCUUACUGGAACUGGGAAAACAAAAUCUUAUCCAAAAAUGAGCUUUUUUAAAUUAAUCUGCUUUGCUUCUUAAACUAAAUUCUUGCACCAGUUCAAUUUGAAUUUUUUUUUGUUCUCACUGGAUGGUUUGGCUAACCAGACUUUGGAAUUUGGUGUGCCAGGACCCUUUUUGAAGAAAUAUCACUCAAGCAGUGAAGCCCAUCUCCACAUGAUGUUUUGUUGUAAGUACAUAAAUGAAAUGAUGCUUUACUGGAAGAAAUUGAGCAGUGCCUGGCAUUAAAUGACUGAGCUGAAAUGUAUUUCUGCUGGGCAUUAGGAAUUUCACAUUGAUAAUUUAGUUCUUAGAGUUUACAGGAUAUUAAUCCAGUUCCAUAUUUCUCUUAAGUGAGAUUCAGGAUUAUUGGUGAGCUAAUUUAAAUCUCAAGCUACAAAAGGUGACGAUAGUUUUUGGUUUUUAAACAGUAUCUAAUACGAUGUGGAUAGUAUUUAAAAGGUUUAAGAUUUGCUCUACAAAGCUAGUUUAUAAGUUAGUUGUUCUAUAAAGUUAGUUUGAAACAAGUACAAAUGUGUCCCUCUAAUGGCUUUAAUCUGUUUAUCUAAAUCCUGUUUCACUGCAGGUAUAUUUUUGCAUGAACAGUGGAAAGUGGAUUUUUCUGUCUCCCCUAAUACAAUUUUACUGAAGAAAGCAUUCUAGAAUUCUACCAAAUGUAUAAUUUUGUGAUCUGAUUGCACAGCUGCCCAAAAAUUCCCCAAGUAACUGGAAUAUGUUGGAAUGGGCACUGAAAGCAGUGGAUUUUAAUGGAUACUCUAAUGGGUGCCUAGUGACAGCAUUCAGGAAAUAAACUAAGCUCAUGACAUAUCUUGUUAGGUUCUCCUUUUGAGUCUGUGCUACCAGUAAAAUUCAUCAAAUUUGAGAUUUAAACUGCACCAAUUUGCUUAAACAUUUACACCUGAUAGACCCAAGUGUUCAUUCACCAGUACAAACCAAGUGGAAAUCCUACCUCCCCCUUCUCUUGUUACCCACAAUGUCUUUUAAGAUUUGCUUUUUUCCCCUCCUCCCCAAGGUUCUUACUUCUCAAAUAUUUCAUUGUUGACUCUUCUGUUGAACAGUGGAUCUUAAUUUAUGGAAUUCCUUUACCUCAAAUAAGUGACAGCAUACAGGAUUUUCUGAAGUCUGAGUCAAUUAGGUUGAAACUGUUAAUCCCAAGUGGCUUUCUCUUUGUAUUUGGCUCUUAUUCUGUGAAAAUGCUGCUUGUCCAUGAAUAUGAUGUAUGUUGAGACUGUAAAACCAAAUGGAGAAAACUUGUUCAAAAUAAAGCCUUUUUUUUUAUAAGGA